UCAGUCACCAUUUUUAAAGAAAGUGAGGCUGGCAGAUCUGAGAUGGGCGAAGUCUGUGUCAACGUCCAUCUGUACCUUACAAUGUUUCAAAGAAGGCGAAACGCUUACGCGAUCAUUAUGUAUCACUCGCAGUUGUUGUUUGUUACACUUCUAGGUGCGCUGCUUUUCGGGGCGCCGGCCGCUUGCGCUAGCAGAGUUCUCGAGCUGAGUGACAGAUUUCUGGAAGUCAGACACGAAGGGGUGUGGUUGGUCAAGUUCUAUGCCCCGUGGUGCGGUCACUGCAAGAUGCUUGAACCCAUUUGGAGCCAAGUCGCGCAGAACUUGGUGGACACCGAUAUUCGAGUGGCCCGCGUCGACUGCACUCGGUUCACGUCGGUGGCCACGGAGUUCAGCGUCAGGGGCUUCCCCACCGUGCUCUUCAUUAAGGGCCACAAGACUGUAGAAUACAAGGGAGACAGAAACAGGGAUGAGAUAGUCGAUUUUGGCCGCAGAAUGGACGGUCCCUCGGUGCAUCAUCUGACAAGGUGCGAGGACCUGGAGCGCAUGCGAGCACGGCACAAGGUUUUCUUCCUCUACUCUGAGGGAGAGAAGGACCGAGAUGGGGAUGGCUCCCUCAAGGACCGUUUUACGAGGAUGGCCGAAGAGUUUCAGCCCGUCAAUUACUUCUUCUCUGCACCACCCAAGUGCAUUGGCCAGGUUGCGGGUAUGACCACGCCAGCAUCUCCAGCUGUGUAUGUGUUCAAGGACGGCACAAGUUUCAUGUAUGAUGAAGGCGAGGCUGCAGAGAGAAACACCACUUUCUUGGACUGGAUGAGCAAGGAAAGGUUCCCCACAUUCCAGAAGAUAACCUACGGAAACUUCUACCAAGUGCUGAAGACUGGGAAGAAGAUUGUCACCGCUGUCCUGGAGGAAAACCAGAUUGGAAAGAUAUCGAUGCGAAUGCAAGAGUUCAAAGACACGCUUGAGGCCAUUGCUCUCAACACAAGAGAACUGUACCACGAGCACUUUGUUUUUGGCUGGGUGGGAGCUCCCGACAUCGUCAACUCGGUGGCCAUGAUGAACCUGCCUGUCCCGAGCCUGCUGGUGAUCAAGCCUGACACCUACCAGUACUUCCUGCCCGAGGGAGACGUCCGGGAGCAGCCGCCUUCCCCGCAGGCGGUGCUCGAAUUGCUCAACACCAUCCUGGACGGCUCCGCUGUGCCCUACGGAGGGGACAGUUUCCCGUACCGCCUGUAUCGGGCCUACUUUGAGGCCAAGAACUCUCUUGCAGGAAUGUGGAGGGGAAACCCAGUGCUGACAGCCGUGCUGUUUGGCCUGCCGCUGGGCUUCUUGAGCAUAAUCUGCUACACCACCUGCUGCUGCGAUGUCCUGGAGGCAUCCGAUGACGACGAUGAAGCAGAAGACGUGCGCCACGAAAAGAAGGAGUAAACCUGCCGCCUUGCUGGCUCAAGGAGCAAGUAGAGAGGGAGAGAGAGAGAGAGAGAGAGAGGUUGUGGUGGUGUGUGCUUUGCAAGGAUUUUGACACAAACUUCCAGAUAGAAAAGACCUAGGCUUGAAACCCUGGAUGGGCUAAGUCGUUCUUGCUCGAAACGUUCAUAGGUGCAUUUGUUACCUCCGAGCAACGGUGAAGUCGGAGAGAGUCGGGAAAGGGGCUGUUUGAAUUUUCUGCGAGUAGUGUGGACCUGGACGGUGAAGGGGAUUGUACAUAGCAGCAUGCCGCUUUAACUCCCGAUGACGUUGCAUCAGACUUGCUCGUGCAUGUGCUGACUGGCCUUUGUCGGGACCUCUUAUAGAGCUUGGCUCAAGUUUACCAAAAGGUUGGCCGAGUUCCUGAUUUUCUGUCUGUAUAAAUGCUGAAGCCACCGUCUGGUCUGGC